AUGUUUGCUGAUGAUACUAAAUAUCAUCGCGCUGUUCGUAAUCUUCAAGACAGAGAAAUCCUACAAUCAGAUCUUAACAAUAUUACCAACUGGUGUCAGGACUGGAGGAUGGAUUUAAAUAAAUCCAAGUGCAGAGUACUUCAAUUUACCCGUUGUCUCCAACCUACUAUCAAUCAGUACACAUUAGUUGACAUCCCAGUCAAACCUUUAACCUGUGUAAAAGAUCUUGGC